GAUCCCCUUUUCUUUUUCUCUUUCUCUUUCUCUUUCUCCAUAGAAAGUUAAACCACCUUCCCAUGGCUCCUCCUCUGCUUCUAUUAUCAUCUGUAUAAAGAAAACUCCAUUCUUCUCUAAGCUCAUUCAUUACCUGCAAGAAUCCAAAACUAUAACGACACCCAAAACCAACAACUCCAACUUUAUUCAACCACCAGUUUCCACCAAUGGUGCUUAGAAAUUCCAUUUCCAACACCAAGAAGUUUUUUCAGAAAACCCUUGGGAACCUGAAGAACCUAUUUUCUGCUGGUAGCUAUGAAAAGCUACCCAAAUCCCCUGCCACCUAUAAUCCCUAUAGUACUUCUAUGUCUACUAGUACUUUUGCUCGUGUUCAUGAUAUGAAUAUCCACAACACAAGCAGUUACAAAGACUUGGACAAGUUGUACAACGACUUCACAGAUCAAUGGGAUAGCAAGAGACAAAGCAACAACAAGAGAUUAGUAAUUUCCUCGCCCGCCCAGCAAGAUCAUAAAGUGGUUCAAAGGAGAGAUCAUGAGGCAUGUGAUCGUAAUAACAAGGUGAUGACAAAGAGAGUGGAGGAAAGUAGAACUACGUUUUCCAGUGAAUUGAAAGAGCCGAGAAGGGGUUGUUUGGUGGCUGAGAAGUUGAAGGAGUUGGAGAUGUUGGAUAUAAGCAAUGUAGAUCAUGUUCUGGAUGUACAAGAAGUGUUUCAUUACUACUCUCGCCUCACUUGCCCUGCCUAUCUUGAAAUCGUGGACAGGUUCUUCAUGGAAAUGUGUGCUGAAUUUUUCGGUCCAGCAGCAACCCCAGGAAGAAGCAAGAAGUCAAGGCUGAGGCCAAGGACUUCUUUGAGGUCAUAAUUAAUCAAACAAGUGAACAAGUUUGAUUUAGUGAGUUGUUGGUUGUAAAUUCUAGCGAACUUCCACUUGUUAUGGCUCUGAACCUCUUAAUUCUGUUGUAGUUCGGUAUUCUUGUUCUUCAUCAUAAAUUUCCAUCUGUGGUUGUUGAGAUUUGUUUGCUUGUGUGAAGUUAUUGUUUUGAUCUGUUAAAACAUUCAUCUUUGAUUCAAUUCAUCGGUGAAUUAAACUUACAACUAUGUUAUAAUGCUCUAGAGAAUUUGAUUGAAGGUAGUUGGAAACCAUA